AUGUGGCUCAUGAUAGCUCUGAUCCUUGGGGACCCCACAAAGGCAGUGAUCACCUUGAAGCCUCCAUGGGUCAGUGUAUUCCGAGAAGAAAAUGUAACCUUACUGUGUGAGGGACCCCAUCUGCCUGGGGACACCUCCACACAGUGGUUUCUCAACGGCACAGCCAUUAAGACCCUGACCCCCAGAUACAGUAUUAAUGGAGCUACAUUCAAUGACAGUGGUGAAUACAAGUGCCAGACAGGUCUCUCAGUGCCAAGUGACACUGUGCAGCUAGAAAUCCACAGUGAUUGGCUACUACUCCAGGUCUCUAGCAGAGUCUUCACAGAAGGGGAUCCUCUGGUCUUGAGGUGUCAUGGAUGGAAGAAUAUGCCGGUGUACAAAAUGCUUUUCUACAAAGAUGGCAAGCCCUUUAGGUUUUCUCAUCAGGAUUCUGAAUUCACCAUUCCGAAAACCAACCUGAGUCACAAUGGCAUCUAUCACUGCUCAGGCGAGAGAAGGCGUCUCUACACAUCAGCAGGAGUAUCGAUCACUAUAAAAGAGCUAUUUCCAGCCCCAGUGCUGAGAACAUCUUUCUCAUCCCCUCACCAAGAGGGGUAUCUGGUCAACCUGAGCUGUGAAACAAAGCUGCCCUCACAGAAGCCUGGUCUGCAGCUUUACUUCUCCUUCUAUGUGGGAAACAAGACCCUAAUGAGCAGGACCACAUCCUCUGAAUACCAGACAUUCAUUGCUAAAAAAGAAGACCCUGGGCUAUACUGGUGUGAAGCUGCCACAGAAGAUGGGAAUCUUAGCAAGCGCAGCCCUGAGCUUGAGCUUCCAGUGCUUGGCCUCCAGUCAACAAGCCCUGUCUGGUUUCAUUUUCUUUUCUAUCUGGCAGUGGGGAUAAUGUUUUUGGUGGACAGUGUUUUAUGUAUUGUAAUACAUAAGGAACUACAAAGAAAGAAAAUGUGGAAUUUAGAAAUCUAUUUGGACUCUCUGGACUCUGGUCAUGGGAAGAAGGUACCUCCUACCUUCAAAAAUAUAGAUAAUUAA